AGUACUCCGCCGCAGUAGCCGCGAGAAGGCACGUGCUCUCUCCGGUUCCGAUUUUAAAAGCAAAGUGCACCCCACCCCAACCACAACACAACACAUACAAUGAAGACACGCCACUCACCGUUUCUGUCGGCACUGCUACUGCUGCCACUGUUAGCUCUAAGCUCUGCAGAUCCCACAACCAUCAUCUUCAACACAGUCGCCAGAGUUAACUUCGCCUUCGACAUCUAUUCUCUCCCAAUUCAGCAACUACCACUCACCCCUAACCAACAACUUCAACUCACCGAUGGCCACUCCGUCAAUUAUAACGGCCACUUCAUCUCCAAUGCUUCCGCUAUCCAACUCCCCACGCACUCUCCUCCUCUCCAUCUCGUUUACAUCACCGAGAGAAACGGCUCUCCCACUGUAUACUACGACGCCGUUUACACUUCCACCACCACAUGUAAAACAAGAUCCGCUCUGGAAAACACAAGAAUCCAAGUCCCUCUGUUACCCACCCACACUCAUCAAGUUUCCAUGAAAGACAGGCCCAGUGUAACCCCCGAUGGCCAAUAUUUACUAUACGUAUCCACCCACGAGGACCCGGGUGUUCCACGGGCCAGUUGGGCCGCAGUUUACUCCACACACCUCCUAUCGGGCCUCACCCAAAGGCUCACCCCUUACGGCCUCACUGAUUUCAGCCCAGCCCUCUCCCCCUCCGGUCUCUGGACCGCGGUUGCUUCCUACGGCCCCCACGGCUGGGCCGGGGAACUAGAAGAGUUCACAACAGACAUCUACGUUUUCCACACUCGCGAUGGAACUCACCGAGUCAAACUCGUUGACGACGCUGGUUGGCCCUCCUGGGCAGAUGACCGCACUCUCUACUUCCACCGCAGGGCCCACGACCAAUGGUGGAGUAUUUACAGAGCCAUUCUCCCCUCCGAAGCUCCCUUUUCCACUGACUCGGUACUCAUCGAACGAGUCACCCCACCGGGUCUCCACGCGUUCACACCAGCGACCUCACCAGGCAACAACAAGUUCAUGGCCGUGGCAACAAGAAGGGCAGGGUCAACGUUUCGGCACAUCGAGCUAUUCGAUCUGGUUAAUAAUGAAUUCAAGGAGCUAACACGCUUGGUCUCGCCAACUUCUCACCAUUACAACCCGUUUAUCUCACCGGAUUCAUCCCGAGUGGGGUACCACAAAUGCAGAGGAGAAUCCAACGCUCAGCUCUUACUCGAGAACGUUCAAAGCCCCGUCCCUGGUCUGUCUCUAUUCCGCUUCGCCGGUGAGUUCCCGUCUUUCUCACCCUCCGCCGACCGAAUCGCGUACACCGCCGUGCCGGGGGUUUACGUGGUGAACCCGGACGGUUCCAAUCUGCGUAAGGUUUCGGACGCGAUGGCAUUUUCCACCGCUUGGGACCCGGUUCGAGCGGGAGUGAUAUACACUGCGAUUGGGGAAUCAUUUGGUUCAGAGAGUUCCCAAGUGGAUAUAGUGUCCAUCGACGUUGACGAAGGAAACAGUGUGAAGAAAUUGAGCUUUGACGGGAGCAACAACGCGUUUCCGUCGGCCUCGCCGGACGGGAAAUGGAUCGUGUUUCGGUCGGGUCGGUCGGGUUAUAAGAACCUUUACAUAAUGGAUGCGGUGGGUGGAGAGAGGAAGGAGCUUCGAAGGUUGACGGAAGGUCCUUGGAAUGACACCAUGUGCAACUGGUCACCGGAUGGGGAAUGGAUCGUUUUUGCGUCGAACCGGCAUGCCCCGGGUACUGCGAGCUACGAGCUGUUCCUGAUCCACCCCAAUGGAAGCGGGUUGAGGAAGUUGAUGAAAAGCGGGUCGGGUGGGAGGGUGAACCACCCGCAUUUUAGCCCGGAUGGGAAGAGUGUAGUGUUUGCUUCGGACUAUGCGGGUAUAUCUGCUGAGCCAAUCUCCAACCCUGAUACCGCCUUGCCCUAUGGUGAAGUAUUCAGCAUUAGAUUGGAUGGGUCGGAUUUCAAGAGGUUGACUCAUAGCUCGUUCGAGGAUGGAACCCCUGCUUGGUCGCCAAAGUAUAUACCUUCGCUGAAUGUCGAGAAGCCCAAGGGUGGACCCUAUUGCUCUUUUCAAGAUUGUUAUUUUCUUAACAUCACGCUCAAUACCACAGGUGCGGCUGUGUCUAAGUCUCGAUGCGCUCUGUAACGGGUCUGUUACUAUGUAUGAUUAAAUGUGGGACAAAGUAUUUGUUUGUUUUAUUGUUAGAUAGAAUUAGUUACUUUAUAUUUUAGUGCUUUGAAAAAUAUAUUUUUACGUUUUGUUACAAAAAUGGUUUUUCAAACAUGCUCAAAGUUUUUAUGUUAAGAUUUAUGUUUCUGUCAAUAAGUAACCCUAUUAUUUAUUCC